AUGCUGCAGCUAAAACCCACAAUUGUAGAGUUCCUUAGAUGUGAGGUGGGUGAUGGUCGCUCUGCUUCUUUUUGGUAUGACUCUUGGACAGAAUUUGGUCAGCUUAUAUCUUACCUUGGAGAAGCUGGACCAAGAUUACUCUGCAUAAGGAAAGAUGCAAAGGUUGUAGAAGCAACGAGAAGUGGUAAUUGGGUUUUUCCGGCAGCUAGAUCUGAUAAUUCCCAAGCUUUAAUGGUGGCAUUAGCAGACCACUCUCCACCAGAAUCUAGCAAAGGCCGAGACGCUUUCCUGUGGCGCAAUGCUUCAGGUAAUUUCAUCCCAUCUUUCUCUUCAAAGGAAACUUGGGAGCAGUUGAGAAUUCAUUCACCUUUGGUUCCAUGGGCUGAUGUGAUAUGGUUUAAAGAGCAUGUGCCACGUUUCUCCUUUGUUAGUUGGCUGGCUUUGAUUGCUCGUUUACCCACAAGAGAUAGACUACGAAGGUGGGGCAUGAAUACCCCUGCCUCCUGUGUUCUAUGCUCUAAUGGGGAAGAAAACCACAAUCAUCUCUUCUUUGAGUGCACCUUCUCCUCAAGCGUCUGGGGUUUUUUUGCAGCGAAGUUCAUCUCCUUUCCUCCGGCCACCUUGUCAGCAGCGUCUUCAUGGAUCCUCCUCCACAAUCUGCCGCAAAACACCAAACUCAUCUCCAUCCUCAAGCUCCUCCUUCAGACGGUGGUCUAUCACCUUUGGAAAGAGAGAAACUCUCGAUUAUUCACCGGUGUUGCAUCAACCGCUGCAGCUUUGCGGCUUAUCAUUGAUCGUACAAUGCGUAGUCGGCUUCUCUCCUUUCCAGGACCUAGCUUGCUUUCUUCUUCUCUCCUUGCUGUUUAUUUUAGUCGUCUUAGUUAUCCGUUGUAAAGUAAUUCGUCUAGUCUGUCUCUUGUUCUCGUGCUAAUGGGUUAGU